AUGACUGUGGAUAUACCACUUGUUAAUGGUACUUACUCCUUUACCAUAAAGGCCUACUCAGAGGAGUCCUUCAAGAAGGCCAUUGAAUUUUAUAAGACUUUUUUGCUUUUAGAGCAUCGUUCCGACUCUGCCACUUCUGCUCUUCUUUUCAAUGGGGUGGUCUCUUUGAAGAUUGAAUUACAAGAAGAUGCUUCCAAGCAGCGUGAAGUUGAUAGUGUUUGUGAAGAUUUGAAGGCAAAUGGUAGCAUAAAGGAUUGGAGAGGUAUGGUCAAUGAGUCCUUCGUCUUCAAGACGGGAGAUAUCCUUUUCUCAAAGCAAUCUUUGGUUGAUUUGAAAUUGCCUUACCAAAGCUAUCCUAAUGAAGUGUCUCCUAUGCAGGUCUAUACCAUUGACCCUCUAGGAAACGUCAUUGGUGUCACUUCUACCAAGAAUGCCGUUAGUACUAAACCUACUCAUCCAAGUAUACCAGAUCAUGAAGGCCGUACUACCGCUUUGACAUCUAAGGUUCCAUCUUAUGGUGACUUGAAAAGUGCAGAUUCUGAACCUCGUGAGAAAGCUGUCGAGGCCAGUAAUGUGAAAGCUCAAAAGGCUAUUGGUAUUAUGACAUCAGGUGGUGAUGCUCCCGGUAUGAAUGCAUGCGUAAGAGCUGUGGUACGUACAGCUAUCCAUAAGGGUUGCCGUGCUUAUGCUAUCAUGGAAGGUUACGAGGGUUUGGUUCGUGGUGGACCAGAAUAUAUCAAGGAAUUCACCUGGGAUGAUGUGCGUGGUUGGAGUAGUCUUGGUGGUACCGAUAUUGGUACUGCUCGUUGUAUGGAAUUCAAAGAACGUAAGGGUAGAUUGAAGGGUGCCCAACACAUGAUUGAAGCUGGUAUCGAUGCUUUGAUCGUAUGUGGUGGUGAUGGUUCUUUGACUGGUGCAGAUUUGUACAGAUCUGAAUGGCCAUCUCUUGUGCAGGAAUUGCUUGAAACCGGUGUGAUUUCUCAAGAGCAAUAUGAUCGUUAUAAACACUUGAACAUCUGUGGUACUGUUGGUUCCAUUGAUAACGAUAUGUCUACUACUGACGCAACUAUUGGUGCCUACUCUGCAUUAGACAGAAUCCUCAAGGCUAUCGACUACGUGGAGGCUACCGCUAACUCUCACUCUAGAGCUUUCGUCGUCGAAGUUAUGGGUAGAAACUGUGGUUGGUUAGCUCUACUGGCAGGUAUUUCUACAUCUGCAGACUAUAUUUUGAUUCCAGAAAAGCCUUCUUCUUCUCGCGAAUGGGAAGAACAGAUGUGUGGCAUUGUUACAAAACACAGACAAAGAGGUAAGAGAACUACCAUUGUGAUUGUAGCAGAAGGUGCUAUCACUAAUGAUUUGGAACCAAUUACAUCUAAAGAUGUGCACAAGAUUUUAAGUGGUAAGCUAGGUUUAGACACCAGAAUUACCACCUUGGGUCAUGUGCAAAGAGGUGGUUCUCCAGUUGCUUACGACCGUAUCUUGGCUACCUUACAAGGUGUGGAAGCAGUGAACGCCGUUUUAGAUAGUACACCUGAUACUCCAUCUCCAUUGAUUGCCGUUAAUGAAAAUAAGAUUGUUCGUAAGUCAUUGGUGGAUUCCGUCAGAUUGACCAAAUCUGUUGCAGAUGCUAUCCAGGAGAAGGACUUUAAGAAAGCCAUGUCCUUGAGAGAUACAGAAUUUAUUGAACAUUUGAACAACUUUAUGGCUAUUAACUCUGCUGAUCACAAUGAACCAGAGUUGCCAUCUGACAAGAGGUUAAAAAUUGCCAUUAUUAACGUUGGUGCACCUGCAGGUGGUGCUAAUUCUGCUGUGUACUCAAUGGCUACUUAUUGUAUGUCUCGUGGUCACAAACCAUAUGCCAUUUACAACGGUUGGUCUGGAUUAUGUAGACAUGAGAGUGUUCGCUCCUUGGAUUGGGCUUCGAUGUUAGGAUGGCAGAGCCGUGGUGGUUCUGAAAUUGGUACCAAUAGAGUCACCCCUGAAGAAGCUGAUAUCGGUAUGGUUGCAUACUAUUUCCAGAAAUACCAGUUUGAUGGGUUAAUCAUCGUUGGUGGUUUCGAAGCAUUUGCAUCAUUGAAUCAAUUGGAAAGAGCUAGAGACAGUUACGCUGCCUUUAGAAUUCCAAUGGUUUUGAUUCCAGCAACUCUAUCAAACAAUGUUCCAGGUACUGAGUAUUCUUUGGGUAGUGAUACUUCUUUGAAUGCUUUGGUGGAAUACUGUGAUGUGAUUAAACAAUCUGCAUCUUCCACUAGAGGUAGAGUGUUUGUCGUUGAAUGCCAAGGUGGUAAUUCUGGUUACUUAGCUACCAGUGCUUCUCUAGCAUGUGGUGCACAAGUUUCUUAUGUUCCUGAAGAAGGUAUUUCGUUGGAUCAAUUAACCUUGGAUAUUGAAACUUUGGAUAAACAAUUUGAGAUGUCUGAAGGUAGAAACAGAUUUGGUAAAUUGAUUUUAACCAGUGGCAAUGCAUCAAAGGCCUUCUCUGCAGAAGCAUUAGCAAAGGUUAUGACUUCUGAAUCUAAUGGUAUGUUUGAAGCUAAGGCAGCUAUUCCUGGCCAUGUUCAACAAGGUGGAUUACCAUCUGCAAUUGACAGAACAAGAGCUACUAGAUUAUCCAUCAAAGCUGUCAACUUCGUUGAAGAUCAACAAGAUGUUAUGAUCAAUGCACGUCAUGAUGAUGAUGAAUUUGAUGUUCAUGAUAGAAAAUUAUCACAAACUGCAGCUGUUCUGGGUGUUAGAGGUAGUCAUGUCUUGUUUACAUCGGUUAGAAAGCUAUGGGAUACAGAGACUGAAAUUAAAAAUAGAACUCCAAAGAUUAUUCAUUGGCAGGCAACCAGGGAUAUUGCAGACAGGUUAGUCGAUAGGAAAAGAAUCGAUUAA